GCGGAUGAUAGGAUGGGUGCUUGCAAAACCCUCUUUACAUUGGGGCACGAUCUACGCAAUCAGCUAGAGACUCGGCAGAGAAUGGGUGAGAUGGGCGACAAGGGCGACAAGGACGACUGGUUGGAGGGAGGUUUGGAGGCCGACGAAGAGAAUUGCGGCGACGACACCAACAAUAGCAAGAACAACAACAACGACAACAACAUCAAUAACAUUGGCAUCAAGGAUAUUGACAAAAAUGAGCGCGACAACAACAACACCAAUAAUGAUAACGACGGCAACAACAACAACAACAACAACGACGACGACGACGACGGCAGCGACGGCUACGGAAGCAGCGGGGCAGACAGCGGUGUCCGUGCAGCUGUGAUCAUCAUCGGCAUGAUGGGGGAGAUGCCGCAAGCGGACGUGGUGGGGAUUGACAACAACAACAACAAUAAUGAUGACGAUGGCGACAAAAACAACAACAACGACGACGGCGGCAGCGACGACUACGGAAGCAGCGCGGCAGACAGUGGUGUCCGUGCAUCAGUGAUCAUCAUCGGCAUCAUGGAUGCUGGACCCGAUUUCCAGCUGACACACAUCACAUCAGUGUUGAGCUCGAUGCCUCAGUUUGUUCUGGAGAUACUGUAGAUCAGAUGGAUAGGGUCUCCCAUCG